AUGGGUAUCACCUUACAAGAUAUUGAGGUGAUGUUAGGGGUUCCUGUGGAUGGGUUGCUUGUGGUUAGGAAGACAAACUUGAAAUGGAAGGACGUGUGCACUGAGUUACUAGAUUAUCAACCUCUAGACCCGAUACCGCAUCCUAAUGAAAACAAGUCUAUCCUUGCUGGGGUGAGUAUAAGAGUCAACUGGCUUGAGGCACGAUUUGGGAGUCCCCUAGCUGUAGAUGCUAGUGAUGCUGUAGUGCAGCAACAUGCCCACUAUCACAUACUGGUUUGGUUGGGGUCCGUACUGUUUAUGGACAAGUUGGCAGAACAGGUCUCGGUGAUACCUUUACAGUUCUUGAACCUAAUAAGUGAUGCGAAUAAGUAUAGUUGGGGUAGUGCAACAUUAGCUUGGCUGUACAGGCACCUAUGUAAGGCAUCAGCCAAGAAGACAAUGUAG